AUGGUGGUGCCUGAGAUGAAUCCUGACAGUGAAGAAGACGCAGAUGAUUUGGCAUAUGCUAGUUUUAUCAGGGCUAGGACUAAGCCAAUGGUAACUUCAGAGCCACUUCUUAAGCGACUCACUACACGGUUGCAGAAAAAAGAGGCUCUAGAGUCUGCUCUCAAGAAGAGUAAAAAGAGUCGGAGAAGGAGAAGGUUGGUCAAGGAUGGAAACGUUGUACAAGAAAAGGAUGUCCUUGUAGUUGAUGUGGAUGAGGAAACCAAAAAGGAACCUAGUUUCCUGACCCACAAGUCUUCAAGACUCUCUCUCUCUCAAUCCAAAAGGCACAAAGGGUGUGAGAGUCCUUUCAAGAGUGUUGAUGCAAUUUCCAGUGAAAAGUUGGUAAAAAAUUCUGGUGACAAGACAGUGAAGGAGAGUGGUGACAAGUCUGAUGAGGAAGAAGUGGAAAAAUCUGGUGAACAUAUACAGAACAAGUUAGUGGAGAAGGAAAAGUCUGUUGGCAAGGCAGUGAAAAGAAAAAGGGAUGAUGAUAAUGAGGAACCUGGUUCCAUCAAGAAAGCAAAAGUUAGUGGGUCUCUGAGGUCUGAGAAAAGGAUGUUGGGGAAUCAAAAAGUACUGUGGGGCCGCACAUUAGCCUCUGACAUUCUAGAGAUUGCUGGGAUGAGACAAUUAGUGGACAUUUGUGAUUCUCAACAGUGGACCAAUCUGUUUAGAAUUGAGGCUCCUAUAGUGUAUGAGGAGGAGGUACGGAGUUUCUACACCAGCCUCUUCACAGUAGAUGGUUAUCAAAUCUGUGUGUUGAUAAAUGGGGUGGACAUAAUAAUGGACUUUGCCUUAUUGGGGUCAAUUCUGGGUGUUCCUGCCGAAGGACUGUCAUCUGUUCAGGCUGCCUGCACACCAAACUUCAGAAAUGCCAUUGUUAAGGACAAGGCAGUACAGCAUGGGGAACAAGCGCAUAAGAAGACAAUCCUUCCAGUAUAUCAGUUGCUCUUUGAGAUGGUUAACAAUGUGCUGCUUCCCCGCGCUAAAAGAAGAUCUGUUGCAUCCAAAGACGACCUAUUCCUUAUGGAAUCCUUGGAUAAUUUCACCACCAUCAAUUUGCCUGCCAUAAUGAUUGAGCAUAUGCAGAAGGUAGAAAACCUUAGAGAUGGGAAUCUUGGACUACCUUAUGGGUUCCUUCUCACAAAGGUCUUUGAGAUUUUCAAAGUACCUCUAGGUCAGGCCAAAGUGGGCACCAAAAAGAAAUCCUUUUCAAAAACUACUCUUGAGGAGUGUGAGUGUAUUGACAAACUCGGAGGAGUUGGAAGCACUUCCACAAUAUCUCAACUGAUAAAUGCUCAGAAUAGUGCCACAGAAGAGAUCCGAAAGUUGAAGGCUAGGAACGCGAUUCUUGAGAGUCAGCUCAGUCAGUUGCAAGAGGCACCUGGUUCCAGUAGUUCUCACAGCUCAGAAGUUACACGCCUAACAAAGGAGAAUGCUGAGCUCAGGAAACAGGUGGAGGACCUGAAAGAAAGACUGCUCAAUGAGCAACUGUCCGCGAAUGCUCGCAUGGAUCUUGUCCUCGAAACCCUUGCUUCCUCUUCCAAGCCCCCUUCCUCCAGUGUCCCCUAA